AUGGCAGAUACUUCAAAAGUCACGAUAUUUGUAGUAGGACCUUCAAAAGUAGGAAAAACUGCAAUAUGCAAUUAUAUUGCCGAGUUAUCUGAUAGCAUCAACAGCAGCGAAUACCAUCCAACUCAAGGUGUCCGAAUUCUAGAAUUUGACCGCAAGAUUGUUUCUGAUGGUAAAACACACAAGUGGAAAGAACUCAAUUUGGAAGUCGAGCUUUGGGACUGCAGUGGUGAUUCAGAGCCUGACCUAUUUCCAGCCAUAAAAAGCAAUCAGUGCGCAGUAUUUGCUCAUCGAUUGGUUAAUUCGUCCAGCAAGUCCAAGGUUAAAAUGACACAUAAAACUUUGAUAAAAGCACCAUUGUUUUACACUUCUUUAGAUCAGGAUCCAGAAGCUAUUCGUGAUGGGUUUGAUUUAUUGUUGAUAAAUGUAUAUGCAGCUAUGAUGGAGACUAAGGAGAAGGAAGAAAAGUCGAUUGCAGGAUAG